UCGGGAGGAGCGGAACGGAACGGAACGGAACGGAGGCAUGGCGGCCAACACCGGCAGCAGCGGCGGGACGGCGGCACCGGCGGCGACGGCCGCGGGGGAGCCGGCACACGCCGUGUCGCUGCUGCGGGGCCUGAGCGCGCUGCGGGCGGAGCGGAGCCUGCUCGACGUGACGGUGGUGGCGGGCGGGCGGGAGUUCGGGGCGCACCGCGCCGUGCUGGCCGCCGCCUCGGGCUAUUUCCGCGCCAUGUUCGGCGGGGCGCUGCGGGAGGCGCGGGCCGAGCGCGUGCGGCUGCACGGCGUGGAGCCCGAGUGCCUGGCGCGCCUGCUCGACUUCGCCUACACCGGGCGCGUGGGGCGGCUGGGCCCCGACAUCGCCGAGCGCCUGCUGCGCGCCGCGGACCUGCUGCAGUUCCCCGCCGUCAAGGAGGCCUGCGGCGCGUGGCUGGCGCGGCAGCUGGAGCCCGCCAACGCCUUGGACAUGCAGGACUUCGCCGAGGCCUUCGCCUGCCCGGCGCUGGCGGCCGCGGCGCAUCGCUUCGUGCUGCGGCACGUGGGGGAGCUGGGCGCGCAGCUGGAGCGCCUGCCCCUGCCGCGGCUCCUGUCCUACCUGCGGGACGACGGGCUCUGCGUCCCCAAGGAGGAGGCCGCCUUCCAGUUAGCGCUGCGCUGGGUGCGCGCAGACCCCGCCGCCCGCGCCCCGCUGCUGCCGCAGCUCCUGGCGCACGUCCGCCUGCCCUUCGUGCGCCGGUUCUACCUGCUGGCGCACGUGGAGGGCGAGCCGCUGGUGGCGCGCUGCCCGCCCUGCCUGCGCCUCCUGCAAGAGGCCCGCGACUUCCAGGCCGCCCGCCUCGACCGGCACGACCACGGCCCCUGCGCCCGCAUGCGCCCGCGGCCCUCCACCGGCCUCGCCGAGAUCCUCGUCCUGGUCGGCGGCUGCGACCGCGACUGCGACGAGCUCGUCACCGUCGACUGCUACAACCCGCGCACCGGGCACUGGCGCUACCUGGCCGAGUUCCCCGAGCACCUCGGAGGGGGCUACAGCGUGGCUGCGUUGGGCAAUGACAUCUACGUCACUGGGGGGUCCGACGGGUCCAGGCUGUACGACUGCGUGUGGAGGUACAACUCCAGCGUGAACGAGUGGACGGAGGUGUCUCCCAUGCUGAAGGCCAGGGAAUACCACAGCUCCACGGUGCUGGACGGGCUGCUCUACGUCAUCGCCUCGGACAGCACGGAGCGCUACGACCACGCGCUGGAUAGCUGGGAGGCCCUGCAGCCCAUGCUGUACCCCAUGGACAACUGCUCCACCACCUCCUGCCGCGGCAAGCUGUUCGCCAUCGGCUCCCUGGCUGGCAAAGAGUCCAUGGUGAUGCAGUGCUACGACCCCGACAGCGAUCUCUGGACCCUCGUGAACUGCGGGCAUCUGCCCCCCUGGUCCUUCGCCCCAAAGACUGUCACCCUCAAUGGCCUCAUGUACUUCAUAAGAGAUGACUCGGCUGAGGUGGACGUUUACAACCCAGCGAAGAACGAAUGGGAUAAAAUCCCAGCCAUGCUUCAGGUCCACGUUGGGGGCAGCGUGGCCGUGCUCGGCGGGAAGCUCUACGUGUCCGGUGGCUACGACAACACCUUUGAGCUCUCGGAUGUCCUGGAAGCCUACGACCCUGAGACACGAACAUGGAGCGUGGUGGGCCGGCUCCCCGAGCCCAUCUUCUGGCACGGCAGCGUCAGCAUAUUCCGGCAGUUCAUGCCGGAAACCACGCAGGAGGACGACGCCAUCACGCUGGACAACGCCAUCAACUUGAACAGGCAGCGCCAGGACCUCCACAACCAGAACCUGAACGAGCUGCGUUAGUGGGGGACGGCAGCUCCAUGAACCAGAACCUGUGAUGCUCUGAGAGGCAAAACGGUGCUGGGAGACAAACCUGAACUGGGCAUAGAGGGGAAGCUCUGACGUUUGAUGCUGCUCGGCCCUUCCCUGGGCGGGAGGAGGCUCCGACUGCUCAUAGAGACCCCGGAGCUGAACUGGAGCAAAGCGGUCGUGUUGAACAGCAUCGCAGCUCAUGGCUUUUGGUCAGACACCUUUCGCUGGGAGCUCCUGCUUCGUUUGCCACCAAACUUCUUCCUUCAGUUCCUUUUUAGAAGGGUCUCGUGGGGCAGGGAACUGGGCCCCCACCUCUGUUCUGUGCCUCCCAGGACAGGCUCCAUGUGCAUGUGGAUAGAGGGGGGAAAGGUCUCUUCCCGAGGAGCUGGAGGUCCGUCAGGGUGAGAGGUUGGUGUGAGAACGUGGAGCUUCCUCCCCUGUGGCCGUGCUCCUCCAUCCCCGUUCAUUCCUUCGGGAGGAACGGGUGCACCAUGGCCAGGGCCUCGCUGUGGCUGGGUUACGAAGCUUCAUCUGCCCUCAGAACUUCAGUUCUCCCUGUGUUUCGGGGGGGUUAAGUCGGAGCAUUCAGACCCUGCAGGUCUUUGUUCUCCAGCCCUCCCUAGCAAGGCCUUUUCCUUCUCAGCAGACAAACACCCUUAUUUAUCUUCUCCUCCCAUCCUGACAGCUCCACUGCUUCAUUUCCAAUCACCAGCUUAAGGGGAAGGGGAGCAGCAAGUCCUGCUCUUACCCAGCCCAAGGGGCUGGUGGCUGCUGCCCGCGGGAGGAGCCGUUCCCCUUCCUGGUGUGCCAGGGCUGAACUAGGGCAGGAAAAGCUGCUGUUGCUGGCGGUUCUCCCGUGCUGAGCUCCGGGAUGGGCUCCACGUAGCAAGGGUGCGUUCUGGUUUCUUCACCACCUUAAAGGAGCCGCGGUGGGAAACAGGCUUGCAGUUAAAUACCCUGACGCAGAAUCACUGUCAAACCCAUCCCCUUGUGUGAAUGAACCCAUUGGACCUUCAGUGCCUGUCGUGCCUCCUGCUCACAGCUCUCGGGAUGUGAGCAAUAGGAAAACGCCACUGAGGUGUUGUGGCAGAGGUGCAGGAGGUGCCUGGAGUGCUGUGGAUUGAGCAGUAGGUACUUUAGGGUAGUUCUUUCUUUUGUUUCCUCAUUUUAUUUGGGGUUUGCGGGGUUUUUUGGCCUAAGAGUUGCCUUUAUCCUUGCCCAAGGGACGUAGGGAGCUUGGGCUGGGUUCCUCCUUCUACCUUAGCUGAAGAGAAGCUGCCUGCAGUUUACUCGUGGAAUGUUUGGUGAACAAGCCAAGAGCCAAAGGCCAAGGCUCAUCCUUCGGGAGAGCGGGGCUGGAGGCCGUUGCUGUUUCCCUCUUGUGCUUUCAACCAACAGCAAAAACACUCGCAUUUGAACUUCAUCUGGAGAUGGAAAGCGCCAGGGCCCCAUCUCCACAGCAUCAGCGGCUUCACAGCUUUAAAACGGAUCUGGUUUGCCUUGAAUGCAGUUUCCUGCCUCAUGCCCUGCUCCUCGGCUGCGGAGCCGGGAAUGCUGCUGGUGAAUCCCGGCUGUUCUCCACGUCUGGAUCUUUGACAGUGCCUUGAAGCUGGAUUGUGCCGUGGCAGCCUCUUGGAUCGAAAGCCUCCGGGCUGGAAUGUAGGGACUUGGGGCAUCUCCUUCCUUUCUGGCCAUGUCCCCGCAGCACCACGCAGAGCCCGUUCCGAGGCUGCGCAGCGGAACGUGCACUGCAGCCCCAAGUAUUUAUGCCAGACUAUAAAUAGAAGGCACUGUGUCUCGUGCUGCAGUGCUCGCUGCUGGACCUGCCUCCCCCCAGUCCCCAACAGGCUCAACAGUUACGGAGCUGUAUUUAUUUGUUGCUAAAGCCCAUCGUGUCCGGCUCUUGGAGUGCAGUUUAAACACCGUCCUUUGAAACAAAGGCAUCUCCGUUACAGAUAAUGUAUUUUUAUUCUCAUAGUUUUAAAUUUACUUGCAGCAGUCAAGUUAAAUAAAACACCUUCCGUGAA